AUGUCGUCUCCGCCAACGGAAAUUAUAACAGUGCAUCAAGUAAAAGGUAAACCGGUAGAUGAUACCAUAGAAGAAUUUGAAGAAAAAAAUGAUACUACCAGUGAGGAGACUAAUAUAUUUUUGUGUAUAUUGUAUAGAUUUGGGAAGCUUGGUGUAGCGUAUUACAAUUUAGUAGAUAAACAGCUGUAUGUAUAUGACGAAAUGGUCGACGAAAAACCCCAGUAUCUUGUAACAGUGGGUAUUUUUCGUGAAAUUAAACCCAAAUAUGUUUUGACAAUGGGAGGAAGGAACGAAGAAUUCACAAAAGUACUCAUUGAUAUCAUCAAUUAUGGUGAUAGUUAUCAGAAUUCGACGACAACUUCGGACACUGUUCAGUCGCUGCCUCCAAAUUUGUUCAUAGCAACCGCAAAAGAAUACACAUACGAAAUUUGCAAAGCAAUAAUUUCGCAGUUAAGUCUGGCGGCCAUCGAAGAGGAACCCUCAACAACGAAACGCGAAGUGUAUAUACAUUCUUUGAUUAAUUUCGAUAACAGAUUGCCCUUGCAAGCUAUCGGCACUCUGGUCAAAUUUUUAGACAAAAACUGGUCGUUUUUUGGAAUAACUGACAAGGACGAGUUGAGUUACAUUCACAUCAACCAAGUUACUAGAAAAGAUCAAGUACUCAUAGACAACUCAACUUUUGAAGCACUACAAAUAUUUUCAAAGCGUGGGCACGAAUCAGGAUUCAAAAGAGGCUUGCAUUCUAGCGAUAGAGAGGGGCUGAGUGUAUAUAAAUUGUUUUCAGUCAAUUGCAAAUCAACAGUUGGUCUAGUUACGUUAAGGAAUAUUUUACUAAAUCCUCUAAAGAACAUCGAUCUUCUCAAUCAAAGACUCGACUUCAUCAGUUUUGUUUUACUACCCAAUAACAGAUUUUUUGUAGAGAGUUUAAGAGAGAAUUUGCAAGAAAUUUCCGGAGACAUCAACGUUAUUUUAACAAGAAUUGGAAACUCUAGAGCGAAAUUUAGAGAUUGGUACGUCUUGUAUAAGGCGAUCUACUACACAGUUUAUAUAAAUGAAUUAAGCGCCCCCUACAGGGAAAACUCUUCGCUGUUAUUUGAUCUGAACGAAAAAAUCUCAUCUAACUUAAUAAGCCUGGAGGAGUCCAUCAAAAACGGUUUAGAUUUUGAAGCCAGCAAGAAACGAGGCAAACCAAUUGUUAGAUCUGGAUUGGACGAGGAUUUAGAUGAAAAAAAAUUAAGAAGACAAGGAAUCAUGAAUGACGUAAUGGCGGCAGCCAGAUUUGCUGCAGAUAAUUUGCCGGACUUUUUGGACGAGUGUUCAGUAGUUUACUUGCCAGAAAUGGGACAUUUACUCGCCAUUAAGGAAUGGAAGCCAGAUUGUCAACCUGAAGAUUUGCAAAACUUAGGAUUUCAAUUCGUGUUCAAACUAGGAGGAAAAUUCCACUACAAAAACGCAAUGUGUGUAGAGUUGGAUAAACGACUUGGUGAUAUUUAUCUAGAAAUAAUAGAUCACGAAAAUAGAAUACUUAGAAGAUUAUCUGGGUUCAUUUUAAAAUAUAAUAAAGACAUAAGAGAGCCAUUGAAGAUUAUUGGUAUGAUCGACAGCUUAAUAGCCAUAGCGAUAACAGCUUCAUGCAAGAUGUACAUCAGACCAUUUCUGAACACCAAUAACUACUUUCAACUGGACGAAUGUCGCCAUCCAUUACUGGAACACAUGUUGGACCAAUUCCAGCCUAACGAUUUUUACUCUGGAGCGAAUAACAGCCACAUCAAAAUCAUAACCGGACCAAACGGCAGCGGUAAAAGCGUCUACUUGAAACAGAUUUGUCUGGUGGUGUAUUUAGCUCAUGUCGGCUCAUACGUGCCGUGUUCAAGAGCUGAUAUUAACCUUUUAGAUACGAUACAUUCGAGGGUUCUAGCUAUGGAGUCUGCAGUAGUUCGAUUGUCUUCGUUUAUGAUCGAUGUAACUCAGAUGAAUAAUACACUCACGGAUCCUGCAGCUUCCUCGCUGGUUUUAAUAGACGAGUUCGGUAAAGGCACCAGCGAAACAGAGGGUAUUUGUCUUCUUCAGGGAGCAUUAGAACAUUUUCUGGAUCGAGGAGAUGCUUGUCCACAUGUACUAGUCUCUACGCACUUCCAGCAAAUCCACAAACGUCUUCCAGACUCGCCAUUGGUUCAAUACCAGAAGAUGGAGCACACCAAAGAAAGUGGAGUGCUGUAUUUUUUAUAUAAAAUCUCUGAAGGUAUCUCCAACAGCUACGCCUUCGAUGUUGCAGAAGAAAUUGGUAUAGACAAAAAAACAAUUGACAGAGCAAAAGAAAUUUUUGAUUGCUUAUCUAACAGCAAACCUCUUGCUCCUCUGCCACAACUACUGGCUCGAAAUAAGUUUGAUAUGACAACGUUGCAAAUUUUGGAUAUUCCAGAGCCAGAUGAGGGCUCUGAAAUAACGAACAUCAAUCUACAUGAAUUAUUACGAUGAUUUUUCACUUGUUUCUGUUAUGUUUUGUGUAAAUAUGUUGUUAUGUUGUUUCUGUUAUGUAAUAAACAACAUGAAAAUAUAUAAGAGAAAAUUUCAAAUUGAUAUUGUUUGAACUUUCAAAUUAGUUUUUAUAUUAGUUUCAAAUGUUACACUGUUUCAAACUAAGUAUAACAAGCUCUGCACCAUUACCAGAUAUCCCAACAAUAUAUAUAUAAAAAAACAUUAAAUGAAACAAAUUGGACAAGUGAGUGCUGCCUAUCAUAAACACAAGUAGGUAUACCUGGGCAUAAAACGCACGAAGCACAAGACUAAUGUAUUAAGACUUUCUAGAGUCACAAUCCUAUCCUUGAUGAAACAUUUAACAAAUUGUACUACACUAAAGAAACUAAUUGGAAAAUAAAUGCAUACCUUACGUAAAAA